CCUAAUCCAUCAGAACAUCGUUGGCAGCAAACAUGACAACGACAGGUUCAGGCCGUGCUAGCAGCUGCACUCGUAUCUACGUCGUUGGUCCAUCGUCAACAGGAAAGACGACGUUGUGCGACGCUCUGGCAAAGAAGCUAGAUCUUCACGAUUCCGCAUAUAUCACGGAGGUGGCACGUACUGUCAUCAAAGAACGAGGGUUCACGAGGGCGCAUAUAGGGCUGCUAGAGAUGCAGGAGGCCAUCAUGGAUGCGCAGAUAGAGCGUGAGAGCGGGACUCGAGGAUCAUAUCCUGUGCAGGUAUUUGAUCGGUCGGCCGUGGAUCCAAUCGUCUAUGGUGUCUUGACUGGAGGGACGGAUCAUGACGGGAAGGAACGACAGGAGAGCUUGUCGAGAAAGGAGAACUUCCAAGCAACGCUUGAAGAGUAUAGAAGUUCACGUUCAUUCUUUUUUCUCCUUGGUCCAGUGGAAGAAUGGUUGGUGGAUGAUGGUACGAGGCAUUUGGAUAACGGGAAAGAGUGCUUUGGUAUUUUCGAGGCGGUUUUGUCGGAUUUGGAGAUUUCGUAUUUCGUUAUUGGAGAGAACAUGAAGAAAUUAGAUGAUAGAACGUCUGUAGUCCUUAAACGAGCUUGCUUGCAGUAGUAAUGCAUACUCGUAGAGGUACUACCUUAUCCCGAGAGCAAUUAACUCAGUCACUAACUAUGUUGGGAUGGAAAAUCUC